UGUGAAUCAUGGAGAUCUCGUCUCCCGAUCCUUCUAUUCCCUCUCUCCCUCUCUCUCUCUCUCUCUCUCUCUCUCUCUCGUUCCGGUGGAGGCAGCGAUCAAGGAGCGUCAGCUUACGGCGGCGCCGCCUAACAGGUGCUUCUAAAGUUCUUCAUAAUGGCUGGGAGAGCUCAGAUCCGGACAAAUAAUUCAGCCCUCAUAGCUAUGAUAGCUGAUGAGGAUACUGUCACUGGUUUUUUGUUGGCUGGUGUUGGGAAUGUUGAUAUUCGGCGAAAGGCAAAUUACCUGAUUGUGGACUCAAAAACAACUGUCAAGGCUAUAGAAGAUGCAUUUAAAGAAUUCACCUCAAGGGAGGACAUUGCUGUUGUUUUGAUCAGCCAAUAUAUUGCAAAUAUGAUCCGCUUCCUAGUUGACAGCUACAACAAACCCGUGCCCGCCAUUUUGGAGAUUCCAUCGAAAGAUCAUCCAUACGACCCUGCUCAUGAUUCUGUUCUUUCUCGUGUGCGGUAUCUUUUCUCCGCCGAAUCGGUAGCCUCAGGAAGACGAUGAAUCCUUUCUGGUUCUCAUGCCACCAACCAUUCUAUGACUUUCGUGUUUUGCUAUCGUUGUUCUUUCCUCUAUAAAUUCUGAAUCUUUUCGACUAUAAUAAUCUUCCAUUGUUUGGAGGAACAAAUUAUCUUGAUCUGGUGAAGCAUUGUCCUUGUUAUAUCUGUUUCUUCUGUUAUCACACAUAUCGUGGCUGUUUUUAGGUAUUUUUUCGACUUGGCUGCUA